UCUUAUCCAGUUACGGGCUGCUCCAGGAGCAAGAGCCCGGUUGUUUCAUCGGGUUUGCUUCGGCGCACCGCUAAAUCUAUAUGCAGUCUUGUCGGUAAUUGUAUCUGAUGCCCUUGUGAAGCCCACUUUAGACAAAAUGGCUAAAAAAGCGGCUCCUCGAUAUGCUAUGGCUGUUGGCCUUAACAAAGGCCACCGUGUCACAAAGAACAAGAGGAAACCCAGACCAAGUUCAAGGAAGGGGAAAAACACCAAACAUAAUAAAUUCAUCCGAGAUAUUGUUAGAGAAGUGAUGGGAUUUGCCCCUUAUGAAAAGCGUACUAUUGAAUUGUUGAAGGUCUCCAAGGAUAAGAGAGCUCUUAAAUUCCUGAAAAAGAGGCUGGGUACGCACAUCCGUGCCAAGAGGAAGCGUGAGGAAAUGCAACGUGUCAUGGGACAACAGAGAAAGGCUGCUGCUGCCGCCGCUGCUGCAGCUGCUGCUGCAUCAUCCCACAAGUAAAAAACUUGUUUAAUAAAGAAAAAAAUCAA